GGGCCGGGGGUGGGCCGCCUGCUGACCCCACUCUCGCCUUCCUCGCAGCCGCCCAAAGACGACAAGAAGAAGAAGGACGCGGGCAAGUCCGCCAAGAAGGACAAGGACCCCGUCAACAAGUCCGGCGGCAAAGCCAAGAAGAAGAAGUGGUCCAAGGGGAAGGUGCGCGACAAGCUGAACAACCUCGUCCUCUUCGACAAGGCCACGUACGACAAGCUCUGCAAGGAGGUUCCGAACUACAAGCUCAUCACGCCCGCCGUGGUCUCGGAGCGGCUGAAGAUCCGCGGCUCCCUCGCGCGGGCCGCGCUGCAGGAGCUCCUCGGCAAAGGUUUGAUUAAGCUGGUCUCCAAGCACCGGGCCCAGGUCAUCUACACGCGCAACACGAAGGGAGGGGACGCCCCCGCCGCGGGGGAGGACGCCUGAAGAGGUGA